AUGAUUGACAAGAUCAAGAAAAGGCUCUCGGGAUGGAAAUCUCGCAACCUCUCCUUAGCAGGUAGAGUAACCUUGCCACAAUCAUCUCUUCUGAGCAUCCUCGCUUAUAUCAUGCAGAUCACUCCUCUCCCAGCAUCUGCUUGCAAAGAUAUUGAAAAUCUUUGCCAAUAUUUCAUUUGGGGAAGCACCCAUGAUCGAAGAAAAGUUCACCUCAUCUUUUGGGAGGACAUUUGUAAACCCAAGGAUAAGGUGCUCGGCCUUGGCUUUCGAUCUAUGGCUAUUCCCAAGGGUUACAAGAAGAACUUUCACGUCUCAUAUUUGGAAGGUUUGGAGGCUUGGUACAAUCAGGGAUUAGUGCUUAUAUCUGGGUUGGUCUCCAAUCCCAAUCUCAGUGCCUACUAUUUAAUUUGUAUGAAUUACUUAAACUGGGACCUGCAAUUUAAGUUGGGGCUGAGUGCUGCAGCCAGUGUCCGAGUUAGCAAUCAGUUAGGGGCAGCUCAUCCAAGAGUAGCAAUAAUUUCGGUCAUUGUAGUGAAUGGAAUCAGCAUUCUCAUCAGUGUAGUUUUCUGUGCAAUUAUUUUGAUAUGCCGAGAAGCUUUUUGCAAACUUUUCACUUCUGACUCUGAAGUCAUUGAGGAAGUAUCUAGUUUGACUCCACUUUUUGCUAUCUCAGUUUUCCUAAAUUUCAUUCAACCAAUACUGUCAGGUAACAAAGGUUAUAUGCAUGAGUACCACUUUUGUAAAGGAGAAUUCUAGCUACCCCUAUAGGCUAUUCGGAUCCAGAUUCUUUGCAGUCAAUUUUCCAUGCAUGCACAUUACUUAAAGUCAUCGAAUGAAGAUUGGAUGGCUCCUAUUUUAUCUCAGUAAAUCAACCUUAAAACACAUUUGAAAUUUGAGUCAUCCGAUCUUCAUCCCACAGUCAUCUAGAAUCUAGGU